GUGUUCAUUCGUAUGCACAUCUGAUUGUCUCAACUAUGCCCACUAUGACAAAAACUAAAAAAUACCAUCAUCAUCAAUUGACUUUUUGUGAAAAAUUAGAAGUUAUUAAAUAUCUUCAAAAUCAUUCUCAAAGAGCAUGUGCAAGAAAAUUUUUAAUAGGACAUGGAACUGUACACAAUAUCAAGAAAAAUAAAGAUGAUAUUAUUAAAGGAUUUGAAGAAGGUAUUUUGCCAAGCCAUAGAAAACGAAAAUAUAAAUCAUCUGAAAACGAACAGAUUAAUGAUUAUACCUGGAAAUUCUAUGAAAAAGCUAAAAGCCAAGAUAUUGUGAUAUCAGGGCCAGUUUUAAAAAAUGCUGCUCUUAAAUUUGCUCAACAAUUGGGACAAGCAAAAUUUCAGGCAUCAAAUGGAUGGCUUGAUUCCUUUAAAAAUAGACACAAUAUCAGUUUUUCAAAUUCUACAAUUAAAGAAGUAUCUCCCAUUGAUUUAAAAGAAACUAAUGAAUUUAAAUCAAAUAUGCAUGAAUUAAUUAAAUGCUACACAGCACAAGAUAUAUUUAAUGCAGAUGAUACUCUACUAUAUUUUAAAACACAUCCUAAAGAUAUACCAGUAAAUGAUAUUCAAGCUGCAAACAAAUUUAUUGAAAAAUUUUGUGUCAUUUUGGCUAUUAGCAUGGAAGGAAAUAUUUUAAAGCCCUUAGUUGUUGGUAAAACAUGUCCUCAAUUUGAUAUAAGUCAAUUACCUGUAUUAUGGAGAACAAAUAAUAAAACAUCUAUGUUAUCUAGAAUAUAUGAAGAAUGGUUAAAUUAUUGUAAUGAGAGAUUUAAAGAAGAAAAUAGAAAUGUAUUAAUGUUUUUAACAAAAAAGCCAUCAAAUCUUAAUACUGAUUUUUCCAAUAUCAAAAUAAUAUUUAUACCUUCCAAAAAAACAUUCAUACAGCCAUUAAACAAAGGUGUUUUCCAAAAUUUCAGAUUAAUAUACAAUAAUUUGACAAAAAAGUUAAUUGAAAAAGAAAAAUCUGAUACUUAUAGCAAAAAUGAUUAUCUUUUAGAUGCAAUUCAAUGUAUAUCCGAGGCUGUUAGAAGCAUUAAUCCUGAAACCAUCAAUGAAUGUUUUGUUAAGUCUGGAAUUAUACAUGAAAAUUACCCUGCAAAAAAAGAUAUUGUAGCAAAUGAAGAUACCACUACUAAUAGUAUUAAUAAUAAUUUGACAUUAACUCCUACAGAAUCAAAACUUUUUUUGCAAUAUUUUGAGAAUUUUAAUAAGACCCUAAAUACUGCCCAGCAAAGUAUCAAAGAUGAAAAUAAUGUGAUAAACUUAAUCCAAAAAUCUAAUGAUUCAACAAACAUAAACUCUAAUGGUAUUGAUGGUGAAGAAAAUGGUUUCAGCUCAAAUUCUCAAAACUAUGUCAUAACAUUCAAAGAAGCUAAUGAAAUGACCAAAAGAUUGAAAAAGUUUAUCAUAGAAAAAGAACCAAAGGCUUUGAAUGAAAUACUUACAAUUGAAGACAUGAUUAUAGAUGCACAAUUAAGGCAAUCAAAAAAUGAACCAGUGCAGUUAAAGAUGGAGCCAGAUCAGCUAAAGAAGGAUCAGAACCAGAAUGAGAUUUAAAUUUAUUUUUGAAUUUUUUAAAAUUGUAUUUUGUAUUUUUUUAUAUAUAUAUUUAUACACAUAAAUUUUAAUGUUUAAAAAUAACAAUAUUUAAAAACAUUUUACAAACUAUUUUAUUUUUAUACAAGCUUUAUUUUAAAUGUGUCUCAUGUUGAAAUAAUAUAAAUUAU